AUGAUAUUAAGUAUUUUCCCAGCUGGUGCGCCGAAACCACUUCUUGGGAUCGAGAAACCGCGCAUUGAACAAAGAGGAUCACGAACACUACUGUACUGGACAGUUGGUGGUGACACAUCAAAUGUUGCAGCCUAUAAGAUUGAAUUACGGUCGGAUUCAGAGAGGGACUGGCGGCAAUAUGGUGGUUUUGUCCCGCAUUCACCGUCUGAAAUACAUUUUCGACAGGAAUUACCAAGUCUGGCAACCCAUAAGCACUAUUAUGCGCGUGUUUCAGCUACCGACACUUCUCGACGUGUUCUUGCAACAUCCGAAGUGACCAGUUUUACCGUUCAGUGUCAGGCGCCCAGUGUUGUGCCACAGAAUCUACGCUUGGAACCUGUUGCUGAUGGAAUUCGAUUAUCGUGGACAUGGACAGGUCAGGAGAGCCCAGAAUGCGAACCGUAUUUUCUGAUAACUGGUUAUCAGAACGGAGGUCCGUUUUCGGAGCGAGUCAGUGGACAGUUGCGGGAGUUCACUUUCCAGAAUGCAAUCGGUGGUGAAUGGCAUGUGGAAAUGCGAGCUGGAAAUCGUGUUGGUACUGGUCCCAGUAGCUCACCGGCCAACUUGCACAAUGUUCCCAUCGUAUUACGUGAAUGUUGGAUUAUGGUGUCUUUCCCACGAUCAUUGUUUUUUCCUGUCUCAUCCAUUGUCCCCAUUCCAGUCUCAAAGGGUGUCCGUGUCCGUGUGCCACGUAGCAUCUGUGAUCCACGUACAGAUUUCUGGUGUCGUCCACCGGGUGAAAGUGACGAUGUUGCUGUACCACGUCAUCCCGACGAAGGUUUGCUUCGUGUGCUGUGCCGUUUGUACCUUGCCCCUCUUUGUAAACGGUUAACUCUUUGUCCUUCUGUGUUUCUCAAAAGCUUCUGGUGA